AUGAGGCAUCAGCCGGUGACAGAGGCCGUGUCUCCCGGCUGUUGCAAAGUCCUCAGAGAGCUGCAGAUCAACAGCUGUGCGUCAUUAGCGUUGAGCUGCAGCUGUGGGCGGCGGCCCCUCGGGGGCCCAGACUCCCACGGGCCCCCGCAAAAACACUCAGGAGAUUUCAGCCUGCAGGACAUCCUGAAAGGCCGGAUAGAUGGCGAUCAGAGGACGAAGAACGGCUCUAACAUGAUCCGAGUGUUCAUCAGCUCCACCUUCACAGAUAUGAUCAGUGAGAGGAAAGUCCUGCUGGAGAAAGCUUACCCAGAAGUCCUUGCUUUCUGCCGUAGUCUGGGGCUGGUGUUUGAGGUGGUGGAUCUGUGUUGGGGGAUUCGAAAUGACUCGUCUGGCGACCACAAGGCCUGCGAGAUCUUCCUGCACGAGAUCAAGCGCUGUCAGAGGAUUUCAGCCGGUCCAGCUUUCAUUGCUCUGCUAGGGAACCGGUACGGCCACCGAAGUAUUCCUCGCCUCAUACCGGAGAAACUGUUUGAAGUCCUUUUGUCCAAACUCUCCAAAAACCAGGAAGGCAUCAAGCAGCUGAAUGAGUGGUUCUUAAAAGACAACAAUGCGGUCCCACCCACUUACCUGCUUCAGCCAAUCACGACUCACUUCGCCCAUUACGGCGAUCUCCGGCCUGAGAGUGGCCCACAGCGUGACAAAGACCUCCUCUCUUGGCGUCUCACAGAGACUCAAGUGUUGAACCUUCUACGCUCCGCCGCCACGGACGCCCAUACAGCCGGUGACAUCACAGCUGAGCAGAAAGAUCACUUCUUCACGUCAGUCACAGUAAAAGAGUUCGAGCAGGGUUUGUGGAAGGAUAGCAGCAAACCGUCGGCUCUGCUCUUCGUGCGAGAUAUUCCCCGCCAGAAGGUGAGGGAUGGCCCCAAACGUUUCGCCAAGUUCAUGGACCUGUCCGCCGACGGGCUUCUGGACAAGGAUGUUCUGGAACUCCUUGCAGCCCUGAAGUCUCGACUCUCCUCAACGCACCAGAAGAUCCUCAACUUGCACAGCGUGGAGCUCAGCAAAGGAAGCAUCGACCCCAAACGCAAAGAGCACGCACAGUACCUGGACACUGUCUGCGAGCAGUUUGUAUCGCAGAUGAAGGCCGGGAUCAGAACGGUGGUCGAUUCGCCGGUGGUGGGGAAGCGGAGGAAGAUUUGGGGGAACAUUGAGGAAGAAAGGGAGGAUAUCUCAGAUUGGGUGGCUGAAGAAGCUGAACGGCACGCCGCCAUGAGCACCGAGCUGUGCAGAGGUCUUUACGGCAGGGAGGGUCUUCUGGGUAAGCUCUGCUGCUCCAUGUGGGAGUCAAGUAAUGUCAACCACAGCCCGCUGGUGGUGCACGGGGAUGCUGGGAUGGGGAAGACGGCCCUAAUGUGUAAACUGGCGCAAGAGAUGCGGAGUGUUCUGGAAGCCGGGGCAGGGGUGGUGAUCCGGCUGCUGUCGGAUCGCCACCCUCAGAGACCCGACAUCGACCAUGUCCUCCGCAGUGUCUGCUUCCAGAUAUGUUUGUCUUGUGGUUUGGCUCUGCCUUCGCCGCUCACGGCCAACACUCACCUGGAGUUGCUCCGGUUCUUUGGGAACGUCCUCACAGAGGUUUCCCAGCAGGGGAACACUGUGCUCAUCAUCCUGGAUGCUCUGGAUCAGCUCUCCGAUCAACAUUAUGCUCACAAACUCCACUGGAUGCCCGCCGACCUCCCACCCAACGUCCACCUUGUGGUUUCCAUGGAUACCAACAGUGAGGCAUUCGCUAAUAUGCGGUUGAAGUUGAAGGGUUUGGAGAGUUUCUUUGAAGUGGAGCGUUUGUCCCGCGACGAAGGAAGACAGAUGAUGGAGUCGUACCUUCUAGCAUCUCAGCGAACUUUGACCCCCGAUCAAAGCAACGCCGCACUGCUGAGCUUCGAGCAGACUGGCAGUCCGCUACACCUCACACUGAUUCUGUCUGCAGCCAAACGCUGGACGUCCUUCACCUUGCUCACAGCAACACACCUGGGCCCCAACACACAGGAAAUGAUGUCACAGCUGUUCUUGAUGCUGGAGGAGAAACAUGGGAAGGAGCUGGUGGGCGGGGCCUUAGGGUACAUCACUCUGGCAAGGGAAGGUUUGCUGGAAGCUGAACUGCGUGACAUCAUGUCCCUGGAUGAUGACAUCAUCUGUGAGGUGUACAGGUACUCCCUCCCUCCAUCCCCCUCGUUGAUCCGGCUGCCUCCCUUCCUCUGGGCUCGACUCAGACAGGACCUCAAUGAUCAGCUGGAGGAGCGUUGGACAGGCGGGGUCGCCGCCAUUGUCUUCAAAAACCGGCAUCUGUACGAGGCGGUUUCAUCUCGGUAUCUGACGUCACAGAGGCGGGGGCGGAGCCUCAGGAUCCUAGCGGAGUACUUCCUGGGUCGGUGGUCGGGGAAACUGAAGCCGGUUGCUCUGCCGGGCCUGUCGCUGAUACUCUCUGACAGAAAGAUCCCGCCCCAGCCACUGUGGUUUGCUCCAGGAUUGGCCAACGUCAGGAAGCUGCAGGAGCUGCCCCAUCACCUGCUGCAUGCUGGUCUGUGGGACGAGCUGCGACAGGAAGUCAUUGGCAGUGCAGAGUGGCUGUACUGUAAGAGCAGGGUGUGUGGGGUGUCCAGUGUGAUCCAGGACCUGGACCAGUGUUCCCAGUACAUGGACUGCAGUGAGACCAGAUUGAUCCGAGACACUCUGGUCCUCAUUAAACCCAGUAUGGACUUCCUGGACGGCCACAUGGAAACGUUUCUCUUUUACACCGAGCUGUUGGCCAGACUCAGCUCCUUGGCCACGCCUUUCCCCUCUGUGAUUGGUCAGCUUUGUCGUCAAUGUGAGGAGAGGUUGCUGUUGUGCCCCGAGCCGAUCCUCAUUCCUAAGUGCAGUUUCCUGGAGCAGCCAGGGGGGGCGCUCCAACACACACUGACCGGACUGCUGGGAGGUGUGCUCUGUGUGGACGUCUGUAUGGAGGCGGGUCUUCUGGUUGCAGGUUCAGCUGACGGCAUGGUGGCGGUCUGGAGCCUUGCUGACCAGAGGCUCGUACACUCACUGCUGGGACACACAGGUGCGGUUCUGUCCGUCAAAGUGGUUGUCAGCGUCGCCCACUGCUUCUCAUUGGCUGCGGACGGCUCUCUUAGGAGGUGGAGCCUGUUGGACGGCCAACAGCUGCUCUGCAUCCAGGAGGCGGUGCCUGUUGACUCCACCUCUUCCUCAGUCAACCUCCACCUGUCUAAACAGCUGAUCUGUGUUUACACCAGGACACAGGUGAAGGUGUGGAAGCUGGACAAAGCUGAGCUCCUCUUCAGCAGCAGUGAUGAAGACGGGUCGGUGGUUCUGGGGGUUUUGGGAGCAUAUGUCAUUCGUCUUUGUGACUCUGGUCUGAUCAGAAUAUUUCAUCCUGUCGAUGAAACUGUUGACGCUUGGCUGGAAAACGUACAUAGAAGUUUAACUCCUGUGAAAUCUGUUAUGUUGCCGAAACAUGGGAAGGUGUUUGUGGUGUCUAAAGAAGGAUUCCUCUAUCAGAUUUCUAAAACGGGGAAACAGAUAGUCAUCAAGUUUCCUCUGGUUCCUUCUUUGCUUUCAGUCACUGAAGAUGAAAAGAUACUGAUAGCAGGAAGUGAGCAGACUCUGAGCCUCUUUAACAUCGACAAGGACUCUGUGGACGGAUUCCUCGACCUCCAACACGACGACAGCGUUUUGUCCAGCUCUGUGUCUUCAGACUGCCGACUGCUCGUCUCGGGAGCCGCUGACCAACUCAUACGAAUCUGGUCGGUGACCACCGGUGCGCUGUUGGACACUCUGUGUGGCUCAAACUCGCCCGUCACCUCCGUUGUGCUGUAUCACGGCUUUGUGGUGUCGGCCUCGACGGAUGCUGCCAGCGUCCAUCUGUGGAAUCUGAAGUACGACACCCGCCACAAGCCCACCGUCCACAUCCCCACUGGUUGCGCCCAUGUUGCCGUCACUAAAGACGCAGACCGAAUUUUCUACGUGCGGCAUCAGAGCCAGACCGAGGUCAUCAGCUGGAACAACAACACAGGUUCUCUAUCGGAGCAUUUGCCGGUCUCUGCUGAGGUAUGCUGCCUGGAGGUCGCUCAACACAAACGGCUUCUGUUCUGCGGCCUGACCAGCGGCACCGUACUCAUCUAUCCGUUAGCGAUGCCCCAGGAGACGCUCUGUAUCCCCCCUCCAGAGAGCCUCUCCAGGGUGCUCUGUCUGGCCGUCAGCUCCCAGGAGAAGCACGUGGCGGUGGCCUACGAGGACUCUGUCUGUUUGUUCGAGAUCACCAGCAGAGACAGCUUCCCCACGGUGGAGGGACCCUUGGAGGGCUUCCCUCUGUCCCUCCUCCACGCCCCGCUGUCCUCCAUGGCUCUGCUGUCCGACCGCAGGCUGCUGUACGGGACGAGCUGCGGGGAGGUGAAGUUACAAAACUUUUGCGGCGGCGGCAGCUCCGACCUGGAGCCCCAUCGCAGCAGAGUCACCUGCGUGACGGUCAGUAACCGGGGCACCCAUGCCCUGGUGGGCUCCGAGGACCCCGUCCAGAGGCUGUGGAGCCUGAGCCCACUGGUCCUGGACCACACCAUGGAGUACAAGGGUUUUGUCUUCGAAGGCCUCCUCUCUGCUGCGUUCUCUGACAGCGACCAGUUCGUCUUCACCGGAUGCCAGGACAGAACUGUCCAGGUGUGGGACGUCGCUACAGGAAACCUGCUGCACGUUCAGUACGUCUACUCCCCCGUUGUUAGGAUGUUGACCUUCAGGAACGGCUUCAUGGCGUUGUCUCAGCAGGGCUCCCUCAUCAGAGAGGUGUUUCACUGCCCGGACCACGUCAGUCCAGACUACAACCCCCUUAAGAACAUUAAGGCCCACUACCGGGUCACCUCCAGGGAGAAGGCGGAGAAGGCAGACCAGGCGGACCAGCAGGGCCCCGCGUCCGACCUCCAGGACUACAACCCAGCCCUGUUCAACCUGAACCUCAUGUUGCGAGCGAAACCCUCCCCCACCUGUGUCGUCCUGUAG